AUGUGCAUAUUGAAAGAACUUAAAAGCUUCUUCUACCACCCUCCGGCCUCCACUAUAUAUAUAACGGCUUUACUAAUUACAACCGAUCAUAUAUGUAAAUACACAACAAAAGCCGAACUAGUUUCUCUACUCAAAGGUUCAAAAACAGUAAUAACCUUAAACUUGCCCUAUCAAGAGCCUAAACUUUGUUAUUUAGUUAUGGGAAAGGAAGCGUCGAACAAAUUAGAAUGGAGGAUAAGUGUAGAUGAUGGGACAUCGGAGAAAUUGGUGGCAGAAUCAGAUGGGCCAGUAGUCAAAAAAAUAUGGGUAUGGUUAAAGAAUUUAAUCAUUUUGAAAGUUUGGAAAUUUUUAGAGAAGGCUUGGAUGAUGGGAGUAGCUGAUCCUAGAAAGGUUAUCCAUGGUGUGAAGGUAGGAGUGGCACUUUGUGUUGUGUCACUUUUGUACUAUAUGAGACCCUUGUAUGAAGGUGUUGGUGGGAAUGCUAUGUGGGCAGUUAUGACAGUUGUUGUAGUUUUUGAAAACACAGCAGGUGCAACACUAAGUAAAAGUAUUAACAGAACGAUUGCCACUUUUCUUGCUGGAUCACUUGGUCUUGGUGUUAAUUGGAUUGCAAGUCAGACAGGAGCAAAACUGCAGCCAGUAAUUCUUGGAUUCUCAGUUUUCCUUUUUGCUUCAGCAGCAACUUUCUCGCGGUUUAUACCAAUAGUUAAAGCGAGAUUUGAUUAUGGUGCUAUGAUAUUCAUUCUCACCUUCAGCUUAGUUUCAGUUUCUGGCUAUAGAGUUGAUGAAUUGUUUGAUUUGGCUCAACAUAGAUUUUCCACAAUCGUUGUUGGAACCUCUUUGUGCAUUUUGAUAAGCAUACUUAUCUGUCCCAUCUGGGCUGGCGGCGAGCUUCACAAUUUGAUUAUUCGUAAUCUCGAAAAACUUGCUCAUUCCUUAGAUGGAUCUAUGGAAUGUUAUUUCGCAAGCAAUAGUGACGAGGAUCCUAGCAAGAAAACGGAAGGGUACAGAUGUGUGCUUAAUUCCAAGGGAACAGAAGAUUCUAUGGCAAAUUUUGCAAGAUGGGAACCUGCACACGGUCGUUUCAACUUCCGGCAUCCUUGGAAACAGUAUCUCAAUGUUGGAGCCUCAUUGCGUAGCUGCGCUUAUUGCAUUGAGACUCUAAAUGGCUGCAUUAACACAGAAAUUCAGGCACCUGAAUAUCUAAAGAAGCAUCUGAGUGAUCCAUGCGAGACGUUGAGUUCCUAUGCUUCAACCGUGUUGAAAGAAUUGGCAAAUACCGUAAAAACCAUGACAAUAUCAUCAAAAAUAGGGUUAUCUAUCACAGAAAUGCAAUUCGCAGCUCAAGAACUUAAAAAUUCGGUUAAAUCUAUUCCUAACCACUUCGCUGCAAACCCAGAAGGUGGUAAAACUGAGCCUACUGCAAAAACAAGCCCACCAUCUGUAAUGGACGUUCUGCCACUAGUGACAUUAGUAUCUUUGCUACUAGAAAUUGUAACAAGAGUGGAAGAUAUAGUUGAUGCUGUUAAUGAGUUGGCGAGGCUAGCAGACUUCAAGACUGUCACUACCAAUGGAAAGGCCAAUCAAAAUAAUCCCAAUAAUAAUCAAACGAUGAAGAACCCACCAAAAGUAUGAGUCGGAGUUAACAAUAGUAAAUAGUAAUUAUUAGAAAGUUCAACGUAAUCUCAUAAGUUUCUAUUUUCGCAUGGAUGAUAAGUAGAUUGUUCUGUACAGCAAUGUAAAAAAAAAAAAAAAAAAAA